AAGGGUUACUGGGGAGGGUCUCUCUGAGAGAGAAGACUUCACUUUACAUAACAAAGCAUCCAAACCUGCUGGUUCCUCACUAGAAUAUAAUACCAAAGCCCCCAAGUCUUUCAUCACCAGUGUAUAGGACCGAAGUCCCAAAGCUCUAUCACCAGUUCGUUGUCCGUCUUCCAAAUGGCAUCUGCUGACCUAAGAGACGAGCUGAAGUGCUCCAUCUGCCUGAACCUGUAUAAGGAGCCCAUCUCUCUGAAGUGUGGACACAGCUUCUGCUGGAACUGUAUUGUGAGGGCUCUGGAUACGCAGGAGGAGUCUGGACUUUAUUCCUGUCCGGAGUGCCGAGUGCGCUAUACGGAGUAUCCCACCCUGGAGAAGAACAGGAAGUUGUGUAACAUCGUGGAGUGUUUCCGAUCCGCUCACCAGGAGGAAACGGAGGUCUUGUGCACGUACUGCGAUUUUCCUACAGCGGCUUUAAAAACAUGUCUGUUAUGCGAGGCCUCAUUUUGCGAAAAGCACCUAAGCAACCACAGCAAGUCGCCAGAUCACAUUUUAACCAAACCCACCGCAUCAUUCGGAGAGAGAAAAUGCUCCGUACACCAAGAAGUGCUGAAAUACUACUGCACAGAGGACAGCGCCUGUAUCUGUAUGUCCUGCUGGGUGGCCGGAGAACAUCGAGGACACCAGGUGGAGCUUCUGAAUGAGGCCUCCGAGAAGAAGAAAGCGAAUCUGAGGGAAUCUACUAUUGUGUUGGACUUUUGGAGACGGGAGAUCCCAAGGAGAAUCGAGAAUCUGGAAAGUCACCGGACGCAAGAGGACAGAAAACAAAUCGCUGUCGCCGGGAGAGUCACGGAGCUGUUUAGAGACAUCAGGAGACAUCUGGAUGACGUAGAAGAGAGAGUCCUGACUGAGAUCUCCAGACAGAAGGAGCAGGUCUCGCAGUCGGUCUCGGAUCUGAUCCAGCAGUUGGAGACGCAGCAAAACAAGCUGUCCAGGAAGAUGAACCAAAUGAAAGAGCUGUGUAAGCUCCCAGAUCCGUUGAUCGUUUUGAAAACGCCACCGAACGGAGAAGACAUUAGUCCUGAGGUAGAGGAUUCAACCAAAGAUACGAGAAAUGCUCCGUGUAUAAAUGAGCAAAUGAUCUCGCAGAUCCUAGACCGAGAGCUUCACAAAUUUACUAAAAAGUUGAAGGAUCUGAUGAAAAAGAGUCAAUUUUCAGUGAUGGAGAAAGACAAUAUUUUAUUCGAUAUUAAUACAGCUCACGAGAACAUUUUUAUAUCAAAGAAGCAGACGGUAGCCACUUAUACCGCCAUGGAAGAGAACCGGUCAGAUGGACCCAACAGGUUUAAAUCCAGCCAGGUGUUGAGUCUCCAAAGCUUUACUUCUGGAGAACAUUACUGGGAGGUGGAUGUGAGCGAAGCGGAGGAAUGGCUGAUCGGGGUGGCCACCGAAACCAUAGAGAGGAAGAUCGCAGGACGUGACUUUAUAAUCGGAUAUAAUGACAAUUCGUGGGCUCUUAGUCAAAUAAGCUCAAGGCUUCACGCCAGGCACAGGGACACAUCGGAAAAUAUCGAGUCCAAAUCUCUUCUAAAGAUUAUCGGGAUUUAUCUGGACUACGAGGCCGGCCAUCUGUCCUUCUACCAGAUGUGUGACCCCAUCAGACACCUCCACACCUUCUCCACCACCUUCACUGGACCCCUCUAUGCCGCUUUCUACAUGUUUCCAAAUACUUCCAUCAGAAUUAUAAGAAGUUCUCUCACAAGUGAAUGUCCUUCUCACAGGAACAUUUUCAUCUCUACAAUGGCAUCUGCUGACCUGAAAGAGGAGCUGAACUGCUCCAUCUGCCUGAGCCUUUAUACGGAGCCCAUAUCGCUGAAAUGUGGACACAACUUCUGCCGGGACUGUAUUGUGACCGUGCUGGAUACUCAGAAGGAUUCUGGAGAGUAUUUCUGCCCGGAGUGCAGAGAGCAGUAUAAAGAGCGCCCUCCGCUGGAGAAGAACCGGAAGCUGUGCAACAUCGUUGAGUGUUUCAGAUCCACCAACCAGGAGGAAAAAGAGGUCUUGUGUACGUACUGCGAUUCUCCUACACCGGCCUCUAAAUCGUGUCUCCACUGUGAGGCCUCCUUUUGUGAUAAGCACUUGAGCAACCACAGCAAGUCGGUGCAUCACCUUUUAAUUGAACCCACCACAUCAUUUGGAGAGAGAAAAUGUUCCAUACACCAGGAGAUCCUGAAAUAUUACUGCACAGAGGACAGCGCCUGUAUCUGUAUGUCCUGCUGGGUGGCCGGAGACCACAGAGGACACCAGGUGGACCUUCUGAACGAGGCUUCUGAGAAGAUAAAGGAGAAUUUGAGAACAUCUACAAAUGUGUUGGACUUGGAAAAAGAGGAGAUCCAGAGGAGGAUCCAAACUCUGGAAAAUCACAGGACAGAAGAGAACGGAAAAACAAUUGCUGUGGUCAGGCGAGUCACUGAGAUGUUUCGGGAAAUCAGGAAACAACUGGAGGAUGUGGAGAAGCGAGUCCUGCUGGAAACGUGCCGGCAGAAGAAGCAGAUCUCGCACGCCGUCUCUUCUCUGAUCCAGAAGUUGGAGGAACAGAAGGACGAACUUUCCAAGAAAAUCAAUCAAAUGAAAGAACUGUGCAAUAUUGACGAUCCCUUAACUGUCUUGAAGAAAGCACCGAACAGGGAGGACCUUGUUCCCGGGAUUGGGGAAACGUCAAAUGAUGCCGCCAAUGCUGGAUGUAUAACCGAGGGAACCAUCUCACAGAUGUUACAAAGAGGACUAUGCAACUUUACUCACAAUCUGAAGGAUAUGAUGGCCAAAAGAAACUUUUCAGUGUUGGAGAAAUCCGAUAUUGUAUUGGACAUAAAUACGGCUCAUGACAACCUGAUAUUAUCGAAAAAACGCAAGAGGGUCUCUCAUACCGACAUCGGGGUCAACAGGCCGGAUGGCCCUAAAAGGUUUAAAUGCUGCCAGGUGUUGAGUGUCCAAAACUUUGCAUCCGGGACACAUUACUGGGAGGUGGAUGUGAGUGAAGCUGAGGAAUGGCUGAUCGGGGUCGCCUCCGAAAGCAUGGAGAGGAAGAUUGCGGGAGACACGUCUUUUAUUGGCUGCAAUGACAAAUCAUGGAGUCUGAUUCAAAGAACCUCCGGAAUUCAAGUCCGGCACAAGAACGUUUCUACCAACGUAGAGUCCAAGUCUUUAAUCAAGACCGUCGGGAUCUAUCUGGAGUACGAGGCUGGCCACCUGUCCUUCUACCAGCUGUGUGACCCCAUCAGACACCUCCACACCUUCACCACCACCUUCACCGAACCCCUCCAUGCCGCUUUCUACGUCUUUCCAAAAGGCUCCAUCAGAAUUAUUAAGUAAUUUCUAUAAUAGACUUAAAAAGUCACAUUUUUAAUUGCAUUUAAAUAUAUUCAUAUCAUUUUUAUUAUUAACUUUAUUGAAAUUGUAUGUAGACCGAGCCCAACGUUUUUUUUCUUCCAGGUUUGGAUAGAGUAGGAAACAGUGUUCAUUUUGGCAGCAAAUGUUGAUUUAGUUUUAGCCUUAGUCUAAUGCCGUGUACACACACGAGCCAGCCUAGCCAAUGUAAAACUUGUAAAAAUCAAUAUUUUACAUUCGCCCACUCCAUCAUAAACUAACACACAAAAAAGAAAGUUGUGGGCUGUAGAGACACUUUCAUCAUUAUCCUGGUUAAGACAAUUAAGCAUUGACCAUAUUCCCUUUGUUUUUGUAUUUUAUAAUCCUUUUAUAUUUGAAUAAUAUUGUUUCAAUGAUUAUAAAUGCUCUGUGUGCUUCCUUUUUGUAUCGAUAUUUUGUUUGCUGAUUCUUCU